UUUUCUCCCUCUGCCCUUGCUCUAUGCAGUAAAUCACAUUCAGGCACUCGGAAAAGGGGCUCGCCGGAAAUGGAAAAACCUCAGCUCCGUGUACUUCAAGCUCUAAAGCUUCUCUUUUUCUUCUCUACUUUCUAUUUUCUCUUUCUCUUUGCUUUCGCCUUCUCUGAAAUCUUCUUUGAAGAGCGCUUCGAAGAUGGGUGGAAGGAUCGUUGGGUUUUAUCGGACUGGAAGAGAAGCGAAGGAAAAGCUGGUACAUUUAAGCACACAGCUGGGAAAUGGCCUGGAGAUCCUGAUGAUAAAGGUCUCCAGACAUACAAUGACGCCAAGCAUUUUGCCAUAUCCGCAAAGAUACCGGAGUUCAGCAACAAAGAGAAGACUCUAGUCGUCCAAUACUCUAUUAAGUUUGAGCAGAACAUUGAAUGUGGUGGUGGUUACAUUAAACUUCUUUCUGGUUAUGUCAAUCAGAAAAAGUUUGGUGGUGAUACUCCUUACAGUUUUAUGUUUGGACCUGAUAUAUGUGGCUCACAGACAAAAAAGCUCCAUGUUAUCCUCUCCUACCAGGGGCAGAAUUAUCCCAUAAAAAGGGAUAUACAAUGUGAAACUGACAAGCUUACUCAUUUCUACACAUUUAUUCUUAGGCCUGAUGCAUCUUACAGUAUCUUAAUUGAUAAUCGAGAAAGAGAAUCUGGAAGUAUGUACACAGACUGGGAUAUCCUUCCUCCAAGAAAAAUCAAAGACACAAAUGCAAAGAAGCCAGCGGACUGGGAUGAUAGAGAAUAUAUUGAUGAUCCUAAUGAUAUCAAACCGGAGGGAUAUGAUUCUAUUCCAUCCGAGAUUCCUGAUCCCAAGGCUAAAGAGCCUGAUGACUGGGAUGAAGAGGAGGAUGGGAUAUGGAAGCCACCCAAGAUCCCAAAUCCAGCAUACAAAGGACCAUGGAAAAGAAAGAAAAUCAGGAACCCCAACUAUAAGGGGAAGUGGAAGAAGACUACAUGGAUUGACAACCCAGAGUUUGAAGAUGAUCCUGACCUUUAUGUGCUGAAGCCCUUAAAAUACGUGGGUAUUGAAGUAUGGCAGGUGAAGGCUGGUUCAAUUUUUGAUAACAUAUUGAUUUGUGAUGACCCACAAUAUGCAAGACAAGUUGUGGAAGAUAUCUGGGCCAAGAAUAGGGAGGGUGAAAAAGAAGCCUUUGAGGAAGCAGAGAAAAUAAGGAGAGCUCGAGAAGAAGAGGAAUCUCAAAGAGCAAGAGAAGAAGGGGAGAGGAGGAGGAAAGAAAGGGGGCAUCGAUAUGGAGAGAGGAGACAUCAUAAAAGGUAUGAUCCCCACUACGAUGACGAUUACCAUGAUGAACUUUAAGGUGUCUACGGGUUCUUAAAUUGCAUCUUAAAAUUGAAAAAGAAUCAGAGUUUCAAAUUGCAUAAUGCAGCAUUUUGUCAAUGUGAAAGUAUGUCUUGCAUCUCCUGUUGUAUCAAUGUUGUUGUAGCACUGAACCCAUACCCCAAAUAACUUCCCUAAGUUGACUUGCUGAUGGAUCCAUUAAAGUUCAUGUGGACUCCAUUAACAGUAGACUUGAUGGACAAUUUUGAGCAUGAAUCAUAAAAUAUAUGGUUUGGAUGGA